AGUUCAUCUGUGUGAAGGGACGACUUCUUCAUGUGUUUGUCUUAGUGUCGCAGCAGAACGUCGUCUUAUUCUUCUUUGAUAUUUAAUGUAAUGAGGCAAGAAAUCCCUUCAAAUUAAAACAAUAUAUAUUUUAUCUUAAAAUUAAAUAUGUUUAAUAAUGUGUAAUAAUGUUUAUUACAUUUCUAAAUAAGGAGAAGUCAAACUGAUGUGAUUAACAACAAAAAACAAAAUAAAUAAAAACAUUUAAUUUAAACAAUUUGAAAAAUUAAAGAACAUCUUUAUUAAAAAAAUUAAAGGAAACAAAAUGUGAAAAUCUGACAAACAAAUAUAGAAAUUAAAGAUUACAGUUUAAACGUUUAAACUGAACAACACAACAAUAUAUUUUAAAUGACGCCAGUUUACACCAAUGAUGAGAAUUAAAAAACAAACAAAAAACUAACAAAGAAAUUAAGAAGAAAUUGACUUAACAAAAGAAAAACAAAAUGUUAAAAGUGGAACAAAAAACAAGAAAUUAAAAAUUAGAUUAAAAAAACUAGCAAAAAACUAAAAUGACACAAGAAACAUAAAUAAAGAUUAAACAAAAUAUUUUAAAAAACAGAAAAUGAACACACAUCAGAAAUAAAUAUGAAUCAAAGGACUAUUAAAUAAUUAAAGAAAAACAUUUAGGAUUAAAUUAAAGAAACUUAACACAGAAAUACACAAACAAAACCAAGUCAAACAAGAAUCCCACAAGAAAUUUGAAAAACUAAAUAGAAAAUAAACCCAGCAUAAAAAAAUGACACAAGACACCUAACAAAGAAUUAAAGAUUAAACAAAAUAAAACCAAAUAAAGAAAGAAAGAAAGAAAAAAUAAUAAAUAAAUCUACAAACGAUCCGAAACAAAACAUUUAAAUCUGCACCAAAAUAAAUCUUCUCUUCAGUUUCCUCUUCAUAUGAUGAAAUAAAAAUAAAAAUAUAAAGAUUAAAAUUCUGUCCUCUGUCUGUCCUCCGUCUGUCCUCCGUCUGUCCUCCGUCUGUCCUCCGUCUGUCCUCUGCAGCAGCAGCAGGACGUUUCUGUCCCUGUUCAGGCUGCAGAGACCCGCAGGCGUCGACUCAAACCUCCAGAGUCUGACUCUAAUAGACCGCUGCCGCCAUGUCUCACAUCAGUGAACAGGAGCAGCUGGAUGUUAAUACAAACUGUUCAGUGGGACAAACUGAACAUGUCAGCACCUCAACAUGAGUUAUUACACGCCACGUUUAAAGGAACAAACCACAGUUUUUAAUAAUUCAGCUGAUUAUUGUUCAGUUCAUCUCUCAGCCGACACUUUUUAUUAUUAACUAUUCGUUUAAAUCUUUAAUCAAACAACCUAAAAAACAUUUAAAGACGUCAUUUUAGAAAAACUCUGUUUUCUGAUCAUUUAUAAACUCAAUCAAUCAAUUUAUCAAAAAGUAAUCAACAGAUCAUAAAGGUAACUGUUGGUGCGGCGUCCCCGCUGAUUGUCCUUCAGUUCUCACACUGACUUCUUUCCUUCCAGGCUGCCGUUGUUUUCAUCGGUGUGAGAAUCAGCCUGCAGAGAGACGAUCCAUCACAGUCAGCAUUUGUUCCUCUGUAUCUUAAUUUAGUCAUUUUUUAAAGUGACAUUAUUAUUAUGGUCAACAUGCAGUUCAGAGCAGCAGGGGCUGCUGGGAAAAGUCUUCCUGUUGGUGCGUUCAAGGACACUCUGACAUCUGAGAUUUACGAAUCAAACUAGUUCCAGUUCACGUUAUUUUUUUCUGUCUUUUGGAGCAAAUUGUAAUGACGACAGAGUCAUUAAAUCUGACACACAACAGGCCAGACUUUAGAAAUUUAGACUUCUAAAUAUUCUUUCUACAAAAAUAAAAUGGCCGACACAUUUGUGCAAAGUGAUUCACAGUGACAACAAUCAACCUCCAGAGAAACAAGAAAACAUGUCUUUAAAAACAGAAAGAGAGCAGCGUUCUCACUGUUCAGUUUAUUUAAAACAUUUAGUUUUUAAACAUGUUAUCUGUGAAACAAAUGAGACUCUAACUACUGUCACAUUAAUCAAAAACAUUUACAUAUUACUUCACAUCAUUUAUCGUCUUACAGAAAAAUCUCACCAGUUUGAAACACUAAAAAGAACAUUUAAAGUAAGGGAACUCUUUUAUUAAUUGUUUGUAUAAUUUAAUUAUGUUUUCUGCUGUUGGUCUUUAAAUGAAGUCUGCAAACACAAAAUGACUUUUAACAACAAGCAGUUAAAUAAGUUCUACAAUUAGAAAACAUAAAUGAAUAAUAUUAAUAAUAAAUAUUAUUCUGUAUUAAAUGAGAGCUGCUGCUGCUCUUUGGUUAAAUGCUAAUUUAAUUGAUGGUUUUACAAUCGUUCCUUUUGAUGUAUUGAUUUAUUAACUGAUUAUAGUUCAACUCUGAAGAGGUCUGUGAUCACUGUGACGACACACUGCUGACUCUGACUUUAAUUAUUUAUCUUUUAGUGUGUUUGUAUGUGAUUGAUUUUAUAUAUGGUUUCCUGUGUGAAAAGGCCAAACAAUGAAUGAAUGGUUUAUUUUUGUGUCUGGUCAUUUCAGCACCGCCGACCCUUUAUGGGAUUAUUCAGACACAAAACAAAAUAAUUAACAAAUAUAAAGUUAACAAUUCACUACAAAACACUGGCAGAACAGAAUAAAUACCAAAUACAAAAGGAAGAGUUUUUGUGCUCUAACGCUGAACACAUUGACCUCUUCAGGCCUUUAUCCUCGGCCUGUUCUUGUUCCCAAGUCGUCAAAUACCGUCGCUUUGUCAAAGAUUUCAGACACUGAAACAAAAAGGCACCUUUCACUGCGGAGUGAUACGCCGCCAGUAACGAUGUAAUCUAAGGAGCAGAAAGUGUAUUUUGAAAAGACACAAUGCACGUAACAAAUUGACGCCAUAACUGACCCUAACCCUAACUCUGCAGGAGGAUACCUGGCGCAUCACACGUAGACAUGAACAGCACUGACAACGUGUUGAUAUGUGACGUGUUGGGAUGAGAACGUGUUGAAAUCCUGCAGAUGAAACAAUCUGUUCAAACCAAAACAGUUUCUGACCAGCGUACACUCCUCCAUUAGAAAUCUGUGCACAGUAAAGCUGCAGUAACUCCUGGUUUGGCGAACAUGAUGACCUCAUCGCUCCGUGGGAAACAGUCGUCUUCACUGAGUUCUUAUUUGUUAUGAGCUCCUGUAUGAACACAGCAACAUGAGCUAAUGACUGUUGAUGGUUGCAGUGACGCUCACACUGACUUUAAGCUGGUAUUUUCCCACGGGGCGGCUGGCUGGUGGAACUGGGAGAAACUGUGUGUAUUGUUCCCAGUUUGGGUGAAGCUGCUCGUGUCUGUGCAGGUCUGACGCUGAUAACAGCCACACUGGAGGAUUAUCAUAAUAACAGGCUGCUGCCGACUGACUGACUGACUGACUGACUGCUGGGUCCCAUCACAGCCGAAUGGGUGGGCGGGCUGCGGACGCUUAUCACCGUGUUGCAGUGGGCGAUUCUUCACACAGUCACAUGACGGGCGACACCUCGAUCCACACUGCAGCUGGACAAAGAACAGCUCAGCGGGUUUUAUCACCAAACCAGGACCAAAACGACGACCCGCUGGUUCAUGUUGAUUGUUUCAAAAACACAAAUGAUCCUGUCGUCUGGGCGAAGACUCUGACCAGCAGAUAUGAUCAGUAAUAAUCAGCCAUCAUUUUAAGAUGUAGUGCCGCAUUUUCAAGUGCUCGUAAAACUCUUUCUGCACCAAAGUGAGAGCACAAAAACAAAAUCCAACAAUCAGAAACAAUCAUUUUCAGGUGAACGUCAGCUUUUGUUUGGCCGAAGGCGACAGAGAACCAUUUCUGCGGCGUUGCUCUGUCGUACCCCGCCAUCAACUCAUCAGAUAAGAGCGCUGCUCUGCGGCUCCUUCAGCAGAGCCGUGACCUUCAGGUUAGAAACAAAAACCUGCUUCCUGAACCAGACUUCGGUCAGUUUUGUUGGUACGGAGGUUUCCUCCAUUCAGAGGGAGGAAAAAAAAGAGGACGCCUGGUGCAUCUUUUCCAGGACGCAGAAUGGGAUGAAACUGAGACACUUGAGAAGACGCUGCCAAAGACACAACACAGCUCGCUGGAGCUGCGCUGAGGAAUUAUCUGCUGUCAGGACCCGUCCGGGACGCCAACAGGGAGCAGAGCUGGACGGGGGGGCCGAGCCAUGCUGCCCGCUGCCAUUCAGAUCCUGGCGUUUGCCCUGGCGCUUCUGGGCGUCCUCGGCACCACCGUGGCCACUCUGCUACCCAACUGGAAGGUGAGCAUCAACGUGUGGUCCAGCAUCAUGACCCCCAUCUCACAGAUGCAGGGGCUGUGGAUGGACUGCGUCUGGUACAGCUCCGGCGUCUUCAGCUGCACCAUGAAGAACUCAGUGCUGUCGCUGCCGGCGUAUCUGCAGACCACACGGGCCGCCAUGGUUCUGUCCUGCCUCGUGGCGUUGUUUGGACUCUGCCUCGCCUCCCUGGGGCUUAAAUGUACCCGCUGGGGGGGCAGCCACCGAGCGAAGGGGCACACGGCCAUCGCUGCAGGCGGCUGCUUUAUCCUGGCCAGCUUCCUCGUCCUGGUCCCCGCGUCCUGGUUUACCAAUGAAGUCAUCACCACCUUUCUGACCACGGAUCUGCCGGACAGCAGUAAAUAUCAGCCUGGAGGAGCUCUGUGCGUGACGUUUCUCUCCGCCGGCUUCCUCCUGGCUGGAGGGGUCAUCUUUUGUUUGUCAUGUCCUGGAAAAAGAACAAGACGACCAGACUAUGUUCCCUCCUCUGACCCUGACGGACUUGUGCUGUAUGGAGAUGGGCAGCGGAGGCGGGAGCUGCAGACUGAACGUGUGCAGCCGAAAACAAGACAAAACAAGAAGGUUCAGCUGCAGAUGGAAGAAGUGAAGCAGCAGAAACCUCCUCAGGACAAACCCGAACAGGAUCAGCAGCAGAGAGUCUUCUCGUCUCCCUCCAAACUCCCUCCAAAAGACAUCAAGGACAGCUACAGCCUCCAGGAGUACGUUUAAUCCUCCCAGCUGAGCGCUGAAAUGUGGAGUUUUCAGCUGAGGCUCUCUGGCUCAUAGUCAGGGGGAGGUGUGCUGGGGGAGGUGUGUUUGAGGGGGAAUAAUUACCAAAUGUUGAAGACGACAGAUUGUGGAUUCAGCCAAAUGUUUCAGAAACCAGACGAGAAGCAGAGAACAGGAGCUCAGAGAUAAAAAGAGGAGCUUAAAAAAACUGCACAGGAACCAAACACUGUAAAUCCUUUACAAACUGCCGCAGCGUUCCCAAACCAAAGGUCUGAGAAAAUCUGAGCUCUGCCUGAAAUCAAAAAGCCAUCAGUUUGCAGCUGUAGACGCUGUCUGCCUUCUCACACAGGGCCGGACCAAAGCUCUCUGAGGGUGGGAGCUGGAUUUAAACCCACAAACCAAAUAUAUACAAAACACGGUAAAAUUUAAACAAUAUCUAUAUUGUAGAGAUUUCUUUUGAGAAAAAUAAAAAGUACACAAACGGAGGAUAUAUUGUGACUUUAAGACACACUUUCUGAUUUUUUAUAGCACUUUAGAAACUUAGAUAUUCAAAUAUUAUUCAUAUUAACUGGUGCCAUUAACUAUUGGUAUUAAUUCCAUUUACUGAAGCAGGUUGAUAAACAGUCAGAGUUGGAGCUCGUUGCACCAGACGGGGGUGUUGUAAAGGGGGGGGUCACUGAUUACCCAGGGCCCCAGUGAGUGGGGGGGGCCUCAGAAAGCCCAGAAUUAAAAGUUUGGUUUUAUUUGAAAUGUUUUAUUUCUAAGUCAUUACUGUCAUAACUACAUUAAAUUGGCUGAAUGAAAAGAUCUAAAGUGCCAUAUUGAAGGCAACGGGACUUACUUGCGUUUCUUGAAGACAUUUCACCUCUCAUCCAAGAAGGUUCUUCACUUCUGAACUGUUG